UGUCAUUCGUUUUCCGUUUUUUUUUUCUAGUCAUACGUCAAAUAAAAGAAAAUUGUGAAAAUGUACGAAAAAACGAUUAUUUAACAUAUAGUAAUUCUCUAUGUAAGGAAUUGUUUAUAUAAUUUUUUUAAAAUAUCUAUUCAGUAACAAAAACAUAAAACUUAUUCCAAGGCGGCAUAUUUGAGGUUACACAAGUUCAAGGAUCAAAAACGUGCCCCUAAAUAUUAGAAAAAGUACAAUAAUUUCGAAAACAUGCACCAGUUCAGCAAAUUUAUGUUUACCCAAGUUACCAGAUCCACUAGAGAUGCAAUUCGACAUUAUUCAAGAGAACCUCAAAGGCGACCCUCCUUCUUAUCAAGGUUGUAUGAUAAUUUUAGGGAAGAAUUGGCAAAGAAUAAGGAAAUGAAAGAGUCACUGAAAAAGUUUAAAGAAGAAGCCGAAAGAUUGGAACAGAGUGAUGCCUUGAAAGCUGCACGCCAAAAGUUUGAAACUGUAGAAAAGGAAGCAACAAAAAGCAGCGAUAUAUUAAAGGAAAAACUUACUACAAUUAAAGACAAAGUGCAGGGUGUUCUAGAUGAAACGGGCAAAACAGAAAUUGCAAAAAAAGCAGGUAAACUAAGUGAGGGAAUAAGCAAGACUGCUCAUACAAUAGGGGAAAAAGCGCAGGAAAUUGGGAAAACUGGUGCGUUUCAAAGCAUUUCUAAAGCAACAGAGGCUGUCAAGAGUGAAAUAGAUACCACUAGUAUGCAAGGAAGGGUUUAUGUCAGCCCCACAAAACUUAGGAAAAGAAAAGAAACCACAGCUGUACAGCAUCAAAAGUAUUAUGAGCCAAAUACAGAAGCUUCCGGUGUAGAAUUACAUAAAGAUUCAAAGUUUUACCAGUCGUGGCAAGACUUCAAAGAUAACAACCCUUAUGUACAUAAAGUUAUGGACUGGAAAUUGAAGUAUGACGAGAGUGAGAAUCCACUAAUUCGUGCAUCUAGAGCUUUAACUGAAAAAGUAUCAGAUGUAAUGGGAGGUUUAUUUCAAAAAACAGAACUAUCUGAAACUUUAACAGAAAUCUGUAAAAUUGACAAUACAUUUGAUACCAAGCGGUUUUUAAAACAGUGUGAAACUGAUAUUAUUCCCAAUGUACUUGAAGCUAUGACAAGAGGUGACUUAGAAAUAUUGAAGGAUUGGUGCCACGAAGGGCCUUAUAAUGUUUUCGCAAUACCAAUUAAAGAAGCCUACAAAAAAGGUUAUAAAAUUGAGUCAAAAAUAUUAGAUAUAGAUAACGUAGAUCUAGUCAUGGGAAAAGUUAUGGACCAAGGACCAGUUUUAAUCAUUUCCUUUACCUCGCAGCAAGUUAUGGUCGUAAAGGACUUGGAAGGAAAUGUGGUGGAAGGAGAUGCUGAUAAAAUCAUGAGAGUCAAUUAUGUAUGGGUAUUAUGUAGAGACGUUACAGAAACUGAUCCAAGGUCGGCUUGGAGACUUCUAGAUUUAUCAGCAAGCAGUAAUGAACAACUAGUUUGAGUAAAAUAUUUUUGUUACUUGAGGGAAAAUGACGUUUAUUUACUUGUUAAGGCCCAUUACGAGUUUGUCUCUGUGUUAUUUGUUAAUAAGACAAACUUAAUAAGAGAUAUAUUGGCAUGUGGAACUUAAAUCACGGAUUAAGUACCGGACAAGCGGGAGUGCUCAGAUCUGGUUGAAUUAUUUCAGAUGAGAAAGCCGCUGGCAACGCAAUUGUACAAUUGUAUAUUGUAUAGUUUUUAGAGUAAUAUAUUGUUU